CUAUGCGACGGUGACUUUAUAUGACGUCACGCGAGUUCGCCCGCAGCGUUACUUUCCCAAUCAGGAAGGGGUGUGUGCGGUGCCUUGUCUGUGUCAUCGUCUUUUCUGAUCUGUCUUCUAAAGUGCUUAGACGUUUCCAGCUUAACUUUCAGAAGGAUGACUCUGCAGUGGACAGCGGUGGCCACCUUCCUCUACGCGGAAAUUGGUGUCCUGCUCGCCCUCUGUCUGCCUUUCAUAUCAGCCAAGAGGUGGCAGUCUGUGUUCAGAUUCCGUGUAUGGAAUGCAUUGGCUUCAUUCUGGAACAAAGCCUUCCUCACCAUGAUAAUAAUCCUCAUUGUCCUGUUCCUUGACGCUAUCCGGGAGGUCAGGAAGUACUCGGGGGAGCAGCUCAACAAGAAUUCCAAGCUGCAGCCCAAUAUGUUCGACCACCUGCACAUGAAGCUGUUCCGUUCCCAGAGGAACCUCUACAUCUCUGGCUUUUCUCUCUUUCUGUGGCUUGUCAUGAGGCGUGUCAUAAUGCUGAUAAACCAGUUAGCGACUGUCACGGCGACUGGAGUGGCCCUGCAGACCCAGGUGGAGAAUGCUAACCAGGUGGCCAAGAAGUACAUGGAGGACUGCGAGGACCUCAGAAAGGUGCUGGAUGAAGGGAAGACAGGGAAGAAGAUAGAGGAGGGGAACGCGGUGCUGAAGAAGGAGGUGGGGAGGCUGACUCAGGAGCUGAGAACCACCGAUGAGGCUCUGAAGAAGUCCCAGGCAGAGGUGAAGGCUGUGCGGAGGCAGGCAGAGGGCCUGACGCAGGAGUACGAGAGGCUGCUGCAGGAGCACCAUGUGCUGCAGAAUCUUCAUCAAGGAGAUGAAGGUGACAAAAAGAGCCAGUAAGUGAAGGAGCUUUGAGGUGGAGCCUUCGGUUGACACGGUUGGUGGCGGAUGAGGGUGGACGUCCGUGAGAAGACCCAGCGUUCAGGAAACCCAUCAGCAUGUUCUCAAUAUUUCAGGACGAGAUGUGCAGCGUUCGGCCGCUUUGGAAUGGCAAGCGUUCUCCAGCACUCUUCCAGUGUGGACUUUAAUUAUUCACUGGGGAAAAAAAAUCAUUCAUCUGGAGAAACGUAAAAAAAUAGGUUCACUUGCUUUCCACGUGUUGCUGAUUGUUCGUUGCCAAAAUGGGAUUCCCUCAAAUGGGGUACAUUUGAAUCGUUUUCACACUUUUAUAGCUUCGAAAUAAGUGCCGUUUGUUUUGUCCACCUAGUUUCGUUUGAUACUGGUUGAUUUUUUUUCGUCCUUUGAUGUUUAACAGUGGUAGACCGGUGUUCUCGACGUCGGGCUUCCAUGGGUCCUGAACCAACGAGGGGCUGCUGUUGUGGCUCCACUCAGUACUCGCCAAUGUUGACACGUUUUUGCUAUGAAAGUUGAUAGCUUAAGGAAUGUUUUAUCCAAAAAGGGAAGACGGACUGUCAGUAAUGUGAAACGUCUUGCUGUUUUAAUUGCGUGCUUUGAGAUGGGCAAGGCCUGCUUUUGAUAACGUCCUCCAUCCAUUUGUGUUCCGUCACCAUAUUUUGUGUUCUUAUGCCACUGCAUAAUCACCUUAAAUACAGCGAAAACGUCACGUGGGCAAAGGUUUACUAAAUUUUUUAUGAAAAUGCCAACAUUCACAUGUGUCAUAUAUUUAAAUAUUUACAAAGUCUUUUCACAUGGCUGGUGGAUGAGGAUGGGAGGGCAUGACUGUACAGCUUCUCCUCUCCUACAGUUUUCGGGGUAAACAGGCUUGGUUUUGUCUGUUUUCGGUCUGCAUGCAUAUAUGACCCUUUAACCGGGCCAGACCUCAGUGGCUGAAGCUGUCUGCUCUGCCCGUUAGCCCUGGAGCUUACGUUGAUAGGGCGAACCAUCUUCACCCCACAUUUGCAGCUGGAGAACGUAGUAGAACGUUAUAGGUUUAGUACUUUACAGGUGUAACAGGACUACCUCUCCUGGGAUUUGAACGUAGAGGCUUCCGAUUACCAACGCAUCUCAUUCACCUCUGUUCCACCACCUGCACUGAAGUAGCCAUAAUAAUUCAUUUAGCAGUAUGCCUUACAGAAAUGCUCAUUUCUUUCUUAAAUGUUUGUUUUUGAAUUUAGCUUUUUCUUAAUGUAAAAUAAAAUAAAGAUCAUUUUAAGGCUUUUGUAUGUCAA